UAGAGAUAAUUAUAUUGAUAUACGGAUAAUUAUAUCGAUAUACCUCAACUAUACCACUAUUGUGAAAAAAGCAGUCGCGAGCAAAGUACCUAGGUAUCGUACGGAACUCCAACGUAUCAUACUAUUUAUAUUUACCGUCAAUGUUUUACUCCAGCUGAACCCUAAAUUAAAAUAAGAGUAGUUAAUGACGCAUAGUCUGGCCCGGUAUAUUUCUGUAGCACCGAAACCAAUUCAGUCCGCGCGGAGCCCGAGCGAUGUCGUCACCGCGCGGAGUCACUCGUCCAGAAACCAACAGCAAUAUGAUUGCUAAAGAUCAGCCUGUAAUCGACAACAGAUGAAAGUGUUCUUAUCUAUAAAUUCAAAGAACGGAAACUCUUGUGACACUCUGCGUCAGUAGUUGUCCUCCUAAACACCCACGUGCAACGCCGAGGAUGAAAAUCACAGUAAUAGCAGGGCUUUUAGCCUUGGCCAUCGUUUCAUCACGGGCAAGGAACGUAAGCGAUUUGAAAGGCGAUCAAAAUGUGAGUGCGGAGGUGGGUGCCAUACUGGGAGACGAUUUAGCGGGCGCCGGGACCGAAGCUCGCGACCAGGCGGUCGCGGGCACCGAGCACAAACAUAAGCCCAAGGACAGCCACCACGAGGCAGGCGGCGGCCACGAACACAAGGAGCAUCACCACAAAGAGGACGGGGAAAAGGGCGACAAGGGAUACAAGUCUCACCACCAUCACGACAAGGCCGAGCACGGACACCACGAAAAGCACCACCACGAGGGCCACCACGGCGAGCACGGUGGACACAAGAAGAAGCACCACGACGAGCAUGACCACCACGGAGAGCACCACGAGGCGGCUCACGGGCACAAGGGCGGCAAGUUCGGACACAAGAAGGGCCACAAGAAGGGCUCCAAGACCACCGGCUUCCACCACAAGUCGCACAAGGACGAGUACCACAAGGAGCACAAGUUCUAUGACGACUUCCACAAGGGCGGCCACCACCACAAGCACGGAGACUUCCACGGCCACCACGACAAGAAGGAAGGCCACCACAAGAAGGGCGGCCACCACGAGAAGGGCCACCACGAGAAGCACCAUGGCAAGAAGGGCCACCACGACAAGGGCCACUACGAUGAGGACCAUAAGGGGCACAAGGGCCACCACGGCCACGAGGAGCACCACGCGCACCACCACGACCACGGCAAGAAGGGCGGCCACGCCGGCGGCAAGGAGCAUGGAUACAGCCACCACAAAAAGGGCUAAUUACCAAAUUUACUUAUUCAUUUUCAUUUGUGAUAAUAAUAUAUAUUUUUUUUAUGUGUAUAAGUCAUUUUGCAUAAUACUAAGUCAGCAAGUAUGUAAUUUAGAUUUAACGGUUAGACUUAGAUCCAAAAUUAAUUUAUUUACCCAUUUCGAAAACGUUAACAUUAACAACAAUUUGUCUGUAGACCUUAAGUGAUGCGACGAAGCGUAGUGUGAUGAUCAGCUAUGUUGAGAUAUUGACUAGUUUAAUUUGUCUAACUUUACGAAUAACAGGAUAAAACAGUAAGGCUGUUAUUAUUAAAUGUUGUCUUUUUUAUAA